GGCGAAAUGCAGUUUUUCGACAGCCUAAUGCAUGUUGCACAUUUUGUGUUCUCCAAGGACGACGGCCCGACCAACCUAAAUGAGCGGUCCUCUUGCAUUCAGAUGCACUGUGCUCGGAUGCACCAACGGGCGGUCGCAACGGCAACAAAAAUUGUUACUACCAAUAGUUUCUUAAUUUUUUUUUUAUAUAUAUAUUUUUUUUUAAUACGUUCAAUUUCAGUCGUUCGUUAAGUUAUCGAUAAUUAUUUUUCUCAGUGUGCGCUCGUCCGUGUUCGCGUUUAGUAAUAGUUACAAUAAUAAUAAUAAUAAUAAUAACAACAAUAUUAACAAUAAUCAAAAUAAUGAGUUGGUACGAUUUAUUAUAAUAUUUACACUAAAAAAUAUAACGAUUUAAAUUUUUCUUUUUUUUAAUUUUUAAUUUUGUUACGGUCGUUUUUCUCCGUCGCGUUUGUGCGUGCGUCGCGGCCAUCACAAUUUGCAAACCAAAUAAAAGGAAUUUCGUUUCGGAAAAUCGAAAAUUAUUAUCGUCGAAGCCAACGGCGAUCCCUUAAUCGUUCAGGAACGGACUGGAAAGGAUCGCUGAAGAGUUAAUGGGAAGAAGAAAAUGGCAUCAGUAUCAGGACAUUUUGGCGAAAAAUUAUCUAUUGGAAGAGGAAUUGAUGAACCAGAGAGAAUGGGUUCCCGUCAAAACGUGUAAUUCCUGUGAUGUGAUCACGGACCUGAGAGUAACUGAUCACUCACCUGCAGAACUGGAGCCAUCGUAUGAAACAGGUAGCUUGAGCGGCGGCAGUCGCAGCGCAGAAAGUCCGGAACCCGAGGCGAGCAGGCGGUCCUCUCCAUCCGAACAGUGUCGCGCCGAUGACAGGUCGCCGCCGACGAUGGCCGCGGUCGCAUCGAUGACGACGUCAACGGGCCCGCUGGACACCGCGGCGUCCACCGCGGGCCUGCCGCAGUGGCUGUUGGCCGCCACGUUGAGGCUACAGGAAACGGCGCAGGACGGCCGUUCGCCGCCGAGUAAUCAGCAACAGCACCAGUCCCUGGACCAACCGCUCGAUCUCAGCGCCAAGAGCACUGCGGCGUCCGGCGGCAACGCCUCGUCGUCCGCGUCGUCCACGCCGUGCCUGAGUUCGCCUUCCGAGCUCAAGACAACCACAAACCCAUUCACGUCAGAUCUCAUCGCCGCCACGGACAUGGUCAACUCACUGCACAACCUAAUACCGACCGCGUCCACGUUCCUACCGCACCCAUCGCUCAAGGUUCCGAUACUCAACGCCAACAGGCAUGUGUUCAAGCCGAAAUCAAAACUCAGUACGAUGGCCGGCCGUAAGAAAUAUACGGAAGACAAGUUGCAAGCCGCACUUAGGGACAUCCAAAGCGGCAAGUUGGGUACUAGAAGGGCGGCCGUCCUCUACGACAUACCUAGAUCCACUUUGCGGAACAAGGUGUACAAGAUGGCGAUGGAACGGGACAGUGGCGUCAGGGACUCGUCGGGAGGCGAAGAUCCCAAAGUCAACGCGGCCGAACUACUUCCUAUGUUGCAAGCGGAGGACGACGAAGACGACGAUGAUCGGGACACGGCGUCGGCCGGCGAAGAUGAUUGCGGAGGCAGAUCCGAAAGGGUGUCGACUGACAAAGAUAACCUCAACGCCAGACCUUACUUGUCCAUGGAGGACCUCAUCAGGUUCUCAUCAGAACAGCCGACCGCGAACCCGGCGUCCAUGCCCACAACCGCCGAAGCACUCAGGCUGUUUUUCCAAAACUGCACCAACAGCAAACUGUUAAGCAAACAGACGACGGAUCGUCAUCGAGAGGUGGAAUGCAAGUCACCGUCACCGCCUCCCAGGCUGCAGCCGAUGCCUCCCAAGUUGCCGCAGGGAAUGCCUUCAGACCUCUGGCCGGCUGCGGCAGCAGCAGCAGCCGCCGCCGCCGCGCUCGAUCCCCAACAGAUGGGCACGUACCUGUCCAGACUGCUGUCGACGUCGGCUUCCUCGCCGUCCGGGUUGAGCGCGUCGCACGUGGCCCACGAAAGCCCACCGCCGGCGCCACAAGAUUUCCUCGCCAAGUACGCCACCGAAAUUAUGAGGAAAAUAUUUUACGACGAACAACAACAAUACGGCGGCAAAUCUGAACACCAAGGUCGGUCGUCCAACGGUUGUUCGGCAGAACCGAUGGACACGGGCCGGAGCAAUGAUGACGAUUCUAAUCCGUCCAACGUAAUACUGAGGAUACCCAGUUUCAAACCGGUAGGGCCCAAUAUCAAAUCGGAGCCGACGGAAUCGACAUCGGCCGACAGGGAACAGGCCGGUCACCAGUCAAUACUGUCGCCGCCCAGGAUGAAUAGCAGCACGGCCAGGAGCGACACGUCGUCGCCGCCGCCGACGCCAGGCAGCAAAACGGCUGUUAACUUGAGGGAUGCGAUCGCCAAGAGCAUUAGCCAGAAAUUCCAACAACCGGAAGCAUUGCAAGUAGAAUCGUUCGCUCGGGCUUACCAACACUACCAGCAGGGUAUGCCGAUGUUCGGUCCAAUUGUCCGAAAUCACAACAACAACAAUUUGCUCGAAGACAGGAAACGGGUGUCCACGCCCAACGCUAAACCGGCAAUGGCCAUGGCAUCCACUCCGGCGGGAUUCCAGGCGGGUUCGUCGUCCAACUCGUCGAGCAGCGGUGGCAAAGGAACGAGACCAAAACGGGGCAAGUACCGGAAUUACGACAGGGACAGCCUGGUAGAAGCCGUGCGGGCGGUGCAGAGGGGCGAGAUGAGCGUGCAUCGGGCUGGAUCGUAUUACGGUGUGCCCCAUUCCACGCUCGAGUACAAGGUCAAAGAGAGACACUUGAUGAGACCGAGGAAGCGAGAACCCAAAAACCCACCGUCGGCCUCGUCCGUGUCCGCAGCCGCCGUGGCCGAGCAGGACCGAAAGAAAGACGCGGCGAGAACGGGCGAAAAGACGCCGCCGAUUAAACUGCCCGCACACGUGUUUCCGUCACAACAACCGCCGUCACUGACGGCACCCAACGGUCUAAAAAUGUUUGAUACCCCACCCGUCGGGCCAUACGGACAGCCCACGUUUCCGUUUUGGGCACCUAGCCCGUUCCACAUGCCAAUGGAUUUUCAGCGCAACCCGGUGGCGUUUACGUCCAUGUCGAUGAUGCAACGUAUCCAAGCCGAGACUAGAUUACACCACCAGCAGGCCGCGUCAAUCGCUAGUCUGGGUAAAAACGCUCGCGAGGUGGCCGAAAAUCUGUACGACGGAUCCGACAACGGUAGCUUUUUGGACGGCAUAAUACGAUCCAGCCUGGAGACGGGUCUCAAGUCGGCGGCCGCCAUGGCUGCUGCGCAGGCCGCCAAGCGCAGUCCGGAACUCAUCGAUCAGUUGGGCCUGAAGGAAAGCGAUAACCCGACGGCCACCGAAGAGCGGACGCCGUCCGGUGAAUCGGGAUCGGACACGGAAGACGAAAAAGCCGGUCUGUCGCCUCACGCCGAACAGCCAACGGAAGGACCACAGUCGUCAGAUUCGGAACAGAAGAACACGUCCUCGCCGGGGCCGGCCAGCGCGGAACAGCCAAACGAAGGAGAACAAUCGUAAGUCGACUAGGCGUUCAUGGUGUUCAUCACCAUUGCACUCGGGCGGCGGUGUCGUCGUCGAGAACAGUAUAGGAAAUAGUCAACGCGGUUCAUAAACAAUUGGGAACAAUUCGAAUAAGUAAACAUAAUAUAAAUAAUAUAGUUAUGAUUAUAUUAUGUAUUGUGUAAAUGCGUGUACAGAACACAGCGGGUAGAUGUGCGUGGUAAGUUUUUUUUUUUGUAGAAAUUCAAUGAAAAUAUUAUUAUAAUUGUGAUCACUUAGUGCAAUUUUAUGAAGAACAUGACCACCCACCCCGGUCGUUAAUGGUAAAUAAAAAAUCAUAAACAUAAAUUGUUUUUGAAAGCUGCGUCUUUGUGAUAAAAAAAUAAUAAUAAUAAUGUAAUUAUUAUUAUUAUUAUAUUAUUAUUAUUUAUUUGUACGUUGUGUUUUUUAUAUUUAUUUCGAAAAUUUUAGUUUACAUUUGUAAAACCAUAUUCGAAAUGGUUGUAAACGUUUAUAAUAUAGUUGUAUAUAAUAUUUUAGUUUAUUCAUUUCAUUAUUAUUGGUUUUGCGAAAAUAGUUUACAGUCCUAGCCACGCGGAAAAUACAUAGUGUUAUACUUACUAUUAUUAUUUGAAAAAAAUGUUUGUGCCAUAAAAAAAAAAAGGAAAUUAUAUUUUUUUCAAAUCCUUUCUAAAGGAAUGCGUGUAUAGUAAUUUUCAUAUUUUUGUUUUCCACUUCCCGGUUGCCGAACAAACAUUUUAAUUUAUUUUGAUUGCAUGUUUAUUAUAAUUAUUAUAUACGUAAGGAUAUUGUUUUUUCAUCACUUAAAUUUAUAUAUGUAUAUAAAAACCAAAUUCGAAUGUUCAUUUAAGACUAUUAUUUUAUAUUAUUGUUCCUUUUAUAUAAACGCGUCGACGAAAACCGAUGAUAUUAUAUUUAUUAUUAUUAUAAUUAUUAUUAUUUUAAAUUAUUUACUUAAACCAAGUGACAAAAUUUUAUUGUAUUCGUUGUAGAAGAUAAAAAUAUUAUAUCAAACAAAAGUCUGUCAUUUUUUUUUUGUUCUUCUUUGUAAGCCAACUAAUCAUAUCAUUAAAAUUAAACAAUUAGGCAGUUUGUUUUUAUAUAUUAUUAUUAUGUACAGCGUUUUGAUAAUAAGUCACUAUAAAAUAUUAUUGUAUAGAAUAUAAGUUCUAUGCUAUCAUCUGUCCGAUCACGAGGAAGAUAUUAUAAUUCAAUCGAUUUUACAUUCCAAAAAUAAAUUACCUCGAAUAGCCGAUAUUCGAAACUCAAAAGACAGUUAUGCAUUCCAAAUAAAAAAUCACUAAUAUUACUUUGAAAAUAUAAUAUACUUAAUGUCUACACUACAAUGCAUUUUUUUGUAAUAUUUUUCCUUAGGAAGGAGGUGAGGGGAUAGGAAACGAGCGUUACAGAAUUUACAUGGAUUAAAAUGUUGUAUAUUGUUAUUGAUAAUAAUAUUAAUCAAAUAAUUUGUGUUCAUUGAAAAAAACAUAUUUUCAAAAUAUCGACUAUUAAUAUGUGUAUAGUCUUAUUAUUGUUGUACUGUGUUUUUUUUUUUUAAUUACUUUAAGACAUCAUGUAGUCCUAAAGUUAAAUUAUGUAUAUCAUGAUAAAACAAAAAUAUUUUUUACUAUUGUGUACAAUUGAAAAAAAAAAUUUCUAAUUAUUAUUAUUAUUAUUACUGUCGAAUUGUCAUUAAUUUUACUCUGUACAAACAUAUUAUUUUUAAUAAUAAUACAAACUUCUUUGAGGUCAACUUUUGUACUAAUAA